UAACAGCCAAUGAUAAAUGAAAGUCAACCCGUUUGACUAGUUCUAUGCAUAUUGUUAGCAGGUCUAACAAACUCAUCUUACAUAAAGACGUCUGGUCCACAGAGUUGUAACAACUAAUAAGGCUUCAAUUCUAUUUUGUUAUGAAAUCUAUUUGAAUCAGAGAUAUUUUAUGUUUAUCUACUAUUUAUAAGUGUGACCCUAAUUGGGUGAGAGUGGUGAAGUUCAGAAUAUAGAUUCGUUAUGUCAAAACCAAGAGCAAGAGUCAAAAACAGGAAGGAGUUCUGUGCGCAUCAGAAAUCACUGCAAGAAGUCAACUGUUGAUUGUUCUCGACCACGCCAGUUGGUAACAGGUGUAAAAACAAUAAUAGCACAACGAUGAAUUUUCACAUUUCUAGAAAAAAGUUAUUUUUGUAUAUGGGAAUCAAUUUUCUGGCUAUAAUGUGUGUUUAUAAAGUUUAUUUGUCAGCAGAAAACAACGGUAUUCUUCAAACGAUUCAUUUACUUCGGUCCAAACCAACAGAUUACAUACAGCUGGAAUUGUCAGAAAGAAGGAAUAAUAUGAGUAAUUUCUGCCAUCGACAAGUUUCGCAAAACACCACGAAGCGCACAAUGGAAAAUAUCAAAAAGAAAUUACUGUAUUCUCCAGAGAAGAAGUUUUUAUAUUGUCCAGUGGAAAAAGUUGGAUCCACAUUUUGGCGACGUUUGUUCUUAAUUGUGAAUGGCGUCUCUAAAACAAAUAACCCAUUUAAUGUUUCAACAUAUAUGCUUUACAGUAACCGUUACAGCGCAAUAAAAGCGGAAACAACAGCAAUACGAAAUUCUUUAAAGUUUGUUAUUGUCCGUGAGCCAUAUUCUCGUCUUUUGUCCGCUUACGCCAAUAAACUGUUUGACAUAAAUCCAGUUUAUUGGUCAAUGUACGGACGAAAGGUUAUCAAAGCUGUACGGAAAAACCCGAGUAAUAAAAGUUUAUCUUGUGGUCAUGAUGUCACAUUUCCAGAGUUAGUUCGUUACGUCGUAAAACCACUUGCCAUGAAGGAUAUUCAUUUUAAUCCUAUUUCAGACAAGUGUAGUCCUUGUGACGUAAAAUAUGACAUCAUAGGUAAAAUGGAAACAUUUAAACGGGACACUUUGCAUGUUCUAAAGAAACUAAACUUGACCCACUUAGUAAUGUCUAGGGCACUUCAAGAAAUGGAAGAAGGGGUGGACAUUGAUACUAUCAAAAGCAAUACGAACAGUUUGAUGAAUUACCUCUCGCAAAAAAGAACACUGAAAUGUGUAACCCAUGAAGAGGCGUUUAAAAGAAAAUGGCGGAAUUUGCAACUUAGGGGAAUUAUAGGAAGUGACGUCGAAUACCCUUUCAAAGACGGCGAAGAGGAGACAACAACUCACAGUCAAUUAUUAGCAGUGUUUCUAAAUGCUUCUAGACGUUCCGGAAGUCGAAAAUCGCGUCGUAAAAACCGGGAACUGUCUUUUUUAGAAGCUUACAGCAAAGUUGAAAAGAAGUAUUUAAUCCAGUUGAGCAAAUACUUUAAAAAUGAUUGUUCAAGUUUUAGUUAUGACUGUAGACCCACAAACAUCUUUGAAAAGAACCAAAAACCACACACUAAGUUUUUUGAUACAGGGGGUUUAUAGGUUCCAUAUGGAAAGGUUUUAGUUUUGAUAUAUCCCACAGGUUUGAAGUGAUUAAAGAAGUGAUGGUUUGUUUUGAUUUUUGUUUGGAGGCGGGGGAGAGGGUGCGGGUAUUUUGCUAUUUAGGUUGGUAUUAUUUAUUUUAUUGGUCGUUUUCCUGUACAGUACUGAAAGCAAAUUGAAGAAACCCCGGAGAACGCUAGAUCGGCGACGGUCCUGCACAUAUGACGUCAUAUCCCUGUUUCCAUCUCUAGACUUUGACGACAUCUGCAGGUCCUAACCCGUAGCCUAACCCACAAUCCACAUAUGACGUCAUAUGUUCUAAAAUGUACAGGACCGUCGCCAAUCUAGCGUUCUCCAGAAACACCGCGCGGUGGAAGGGUACUUAGCUCUGUAUGAGUGUUUGUCAGGUGAUUUCGUUUACGCCUGUUUUAAUCCAUAUAAACGUUUUGGUGUUUUCUUCACUAUUAUUUCCUUUCGUUUGUCUUCUGUGAUAUAUUUAUAUUAGUUCAUUACAAAGAAAGCUCAUUAUGUUCUAAAUAUUGGAUAUUGGGAUCCCACAUUUUCACGGUAAAAUAACAACAAUAUUGAUUGGAAUGGACCAAUAUUGUAGCAAAGGCUACAUCUGCCUAUUACAGAUGCCAUCAGAUAUAUCCGAUAUUAUGUAGACUAAUGCGGUUCAGUUAUAUUUCGAUUUAAUUUUAAACUGGAGGAGCCAGAUUUAGCUUCGAACAACCGGUACGUUGGUUGCAAUUAAGGCACACGUAUUGUCAAACCUUCAAAGGCUGAUAUAUUCACUUGCAAUAGAGUAAUGUGAAUGAAAUUUUCAAAUUAUUGAUUUUACAUUAUCUAUUUUCGAACUAUUAUAGCACGAAUGGCCAGCUCUUUAUCUAAAUCUUACACAAUGUAUCUUUAAUUUAGAAUAUUAUUGAGUUGGGGGUUUAGUUCCUCUAUGUUUUGGAAACUUGAAAUAAACAAAAAUGGCUCUAAGACCCCAUAUUAAUGUAAUAUCAAGUAGUAAAAUAGGGCACUUGGAGGGGGUAUUUCCGGUAGGGUUAUCUUCCCCUGUUUUGUUUACCUUAUCAACGUCAGAAGAGUUAUCCCCCUUUUAUUAUGGGCGUGGUUGUUGACCCUAGUUACGAUAGAAUCACGUGACAACGACGUAAUAUGAACACCAUGUCCGUUUAAAUUUGAAUUGUUGGGUGUGUUUGUGUUUGUAAUGUUGUCCGCCUUUUUUUUAAAAAGUGGGGUUAACGGUUAAUUGUAGUGAUGAUGGAAACCCGUGGCAACUAGGUAAUAUGAAGUUGUGAGUUUAAAUUUGAAUUGUGGAUAUGGGGGGGAGGGGGGUCACCGUAAUGAGCGUGCGAAGUUCACCUCGAACCCACGCACCGCCCGCCCAGUCCAGCGCGCCCGCCCGCGGACGCUAUGAUCUUAUUUUUAUUCAAUGUAUUAUUGGUGGUGUGAAACAAAAUGUUUUAUUUGUACCGCGCAUGGGCCCCGCCUCGCCACGCCCCAACGUCUUUUUCGUCGUCGCUUCAACCCAAAGACCAAAACAUGUCCUAAAAGACAUUCCCGUCA